AUGGGGCUACUCAAACACCUUAACGUUCUAUACUGCCAUGGACUCGGAUCUUCAAUAAAUUGCCGUCAUGCUACUCAACUUCAAACAUUCUUCGAACAACAAAACGACGUUUACUUUGAAAAGAUCACUGGACCAUGUAUGGAAUGUGAACGAGUGGCGACGGGAUAUCGAAGAAAGAAUUAUUUACUAACACUAAAACAAUGCGAAGCUGAUCUCCAAAAACAUUUCGUUUUAGAUGCUAACAAUGAAAAAUGGAUUUUGAUGGCCACCAGCGGAGCAUGCCAUCCAGCUCUAAAUAUUGCCAAGCAGCACAAAGAGAAGGUUUCGGGACUAUUCCUGAUGUGUCCUGGUACAGGUUUGGAUAUGAGUUUUGUGGAUACGAUUCAACCAGGAGCAUUGAAGUAUCUUAUGAAGACCGGAUCCAUCAAGUAUCCUCCAUCAAAACACGGACAUCCGGCUCUUUUGAACAUUGAGUGUCUUCAGGAUUUCUUGAAAACAAGCAUUUGUAACAGCCCGGAGAAGACUAUUGACAUCACUUGUCCAGUAUUAAUUGUUCACGGAGAAGAUGAUAAUAUUGUUCCUAUUGAAAACUCGAACAAGCUGAUGCAACGUAUUGCCUCAACGUGCAAGGAUUUCUAUAGGAUUCCUGGUGUUGAUCAUUAUUUCGAUUUGGAUGAACAAGUACUGAAACGACUUGAAAAGCUGAUGGAUACGAUUAGAGAUAACCAGCAACCACAGAACAUUAGAGCAAAAAUUUGA